UUAUUUAUUGUGAUUUGUGGGCUAUUUAUUAUUGUGAGCUUAAGAGUGGUGUUAUGAAAACAAUGCCAUGUUUUUUCUUGUUACUUGAUACCACUAAAUAGAAUUUAUCAAUCCAGUUCUUUGAUGUUAUAGUUAAGUAUAUGACGUAUUAUUUUUUUUUAAAAAAGGAAAGAAAACAAAUUUUCUAAUGGCUGAUGAUUUUGAUGUAUCUCUUACUAACAAUUUUGAUUUGAAUUUGGGUUCAUCAUUAAGACAUUAUUGUCGUGCAUCUCAAAAACUACAACUGUUGACAAAAAAAUCUGUUGAAUUAAAAUUAAAUAAUCAGAUACAUUUAACCAGCAAUGACAAUAAUGUUGAUUUAAGUGUAAAAACCAUUUUAGACGAAAUGCAAAAUGUACGUAGUAAAUUAGAUACUAUUGAACAUUCAGUUGAUUUUUCCAAUAAAGUAGAGUUCAAUCUUGAAGAAACUGUGAAUGAAAUUGAGAAUAUUAUUGAUAUUAUAUCAAAAAACAAAAACACUAUUUUUUCUCACAGAAAUCUAUUGUAAUUUAAAAUACAUUUAAACUG